AUGCACACGAUGCCGGCUGCUCUGACGCCACCGAUUGAGGGCGAGAACGAGGACCCCUCUGCGAGAACGAGCUAUGAAACUACACAAACGGAAGCGGCCAGCAACAAGCGGAAGGUGAUCUGCUUCUCAGACUUCGACGGCACGAUAUUCAUGCAAGACACCGGGCACAUCCUCUUCGACAGCCACGGCUGCGGCAGCGAACAGCGCGCCAUCCUCGACGAGCAAAUAAAAUCCGGCGAGCGCUCCUUCCGCGACGUCUCCGAGGAGAUGUGGAGCUCCCUCAACGUGCCCUUCGAGGACGGCUUCGAGGUCAUGGAGGAGAAGCUCGAGAUGGACCCCGACUUCCGCGAAUUCCACAAGUACUGCCUCGCCAACAGCAUCCCCUUCUAUGUCAUCUCCGCGGGCCUCAAGCCGGUUCUCCGCGCGGUCCUCGAUAAGUUCCUCGGAGAGGAGGAGUCGUCUCAUAUUAAGAUCGUGGCUAAUGAUGCGGACAUCGCGCCGGAUGGGUCACAGUGGAAGCCUAUCUGGCGCCACGACACGGAGCUGGGGCAUGAUAAGGCGCGCUCUAUCACCGAGUACCGCGAGUCUGCCGAGACGGCUGCGUCUACCGAUGAGCUACCGCUGAUCGUCUUCAUUGGCGACGGCGUGUCUGAUCUGCCAGCCGCGCGCGAGGCGGACGUGCUGUUUGCGCGCAAGGGGUUGAGGCUCGAGGAGUACUGUGUUGAGCACAAGAUUCCGUAUAUUGGGUUUGAUACGUUUGCGGAUGUGCAGAGGGAGAUUGAGAGUAUUAUGGAGGACGAUGUUAAGAAGACGGGUGGAAAGGGGAAGCCGGCGAGGUUUAACCCACGCGCGAACUUCUGGAGGAGAGUCUCUGUGAGUCGGUGA